CAGAAACCUCCUGUGUCUAUUUCUUAUGCCGUUUUAAGUAUCCCAAAAUUUACACUAUUGCUGUUGAAUAUGGACCCCUUUUAGUUAUUUUUGAAUUCGACCUGUUUGGUGUUAUGUCUCUGAGAGUGUAGGAUGUGAAAAUGACACUAAUUUCUUUUCUUGAACCCUCUUUCCUUCACUCAUCCCUCUAUUUCAUUUAAAUCUCGCCUUAGCAAAUCCUUCAGCCAACGCACUAAUCAUGGCUCUGCAGGUAGAAGGAUGGCCCUUGGGAUUACUGAAUGGGAGGAUUGGGUUAGUGGAAACUGGCAGUGAUUUCUCCGGAUCAAUACUAACUGCUUCUCCCACUUCUUUCACUCAUUCUUCUCCAGAUCUUGAAUCGCAGUCCCCAGGAUCGUUGUACAAUGAAAAGACCACCACACUUGGAAGGCUAGUUGGUGAUUUUUGCCCCUUGGAACUCUCACAGAGAUCUACAAGGGCAAGAACAAGAAUAGCGAUGAAACCCUCGAAGGACAACAAUAAGAAGAGUCCCAAGAUGAAGCCAUGGCUGCCCUCCUUGUGUUCAAAGCAAACCACUGAUGCAGUGAAUGUGAAGGAUUGUCCUUCUCUUCGUCACUACCUUGAAGCUGAGAGAAGAGCUGCAGCUUCUUUCAGAUUCAGCCAUUCCAUCUAUUCUGCUUCCCAUUUUCCCCCAAUUAAACGCUCUAAUUCUCUAUCAUAACUGCACAUUCUCAGAGUUGAGAAUCUAUCCUGUUUACCAGAAUUUUACU